AUGAUUGGUCAAAAACGAAGAUCAUCACCAAAUGGCACUCAGCCACCUGCUCAAGGAAAUAAAAGAGCAAUGACUUAUCUUACUGAAUUAAAAAAAAUGGGAAGUGCAAGUCGUUUAAGACCUACAAAACAUACCAAAGAUCAAGCGACUAAAGAAGAUUGUAUUAUAUGUUAG